AUGUUGCAGUUCACCUCACCCCCACCAAACCAUCCGCCCUCCCCGGUAGACCUGGGGGACCCAGAGCAUGCCCACCUCCUAGCUCAGGAUGUGGACCGUCUACUGCACCUGGGGGUGGUAGAAUUCCAGAGCAAAGGGUUCUACUCCUGGUACUUCCUGAUCCUGAAGGCCAAAGGGGGCCUCAGGCCCAUCCUGGACCUCCGGGGCCUAAACCGUUUUUUGGCCCGCUCCAAGUUCCGCAUGGUGUCCCUGACCUCUAUUGUCCCCUCCCUGGACCCGGGGGACAGACAUUUGGGCCUGGAUCUAGUUCCUCGGAAGGACUUUGAGGUGGUGGAUUCAGAUCAGAUCAGCAUCUCAGAUCUUUAUAAAAUGCAUUUAUCAAGUAGGCACAGCGUCCAGCAAAGCACAACACAGGUGGAUACGAUUCGUCAGCGUCAUGGGGAAGCUUGCCGUAUGCCAGUGCCCCACCACUUCUUCGUCAGUCUAAAGAGCUUCACCUAUAAUACUAUUGGGGAGGACACAGAUGUCUUCUUUUCUUUGUAUGAUGUUCGAGAGGGCAAGCAGAUCAGUGAGCGGUUUCUGGUGAGGUUAAACAAGAAUGGAGGACCAAGGAAUCCAGAAAAGAUAGAACGGAUGUGUGGCCUUUUCACAGAUCUCAGCAGCAAGGAUAUGAAGAGAGACUUGUACAUAGUUGCACAUGUAAUUCGAAUAGGUCGCAUGCUGCUAAAUGAUUCCAAAAAGGGCCCCUCCCAUCUACAUUAUCGUCGUCCCUAUGGCUGUGCAGUAUUGAGCAUCAUGGAUGUACUUCAAUCAAUCUCUGAACUAAAGGAAGAAAAAGAUUUUGUUCUAAAAGUUUACACGUGCAACAAUGAAAAUGAAUGGUAUCAGAUCCAUGAAAACAUUAUCCGCAAGUCCAGUACCAAGUACACAGCACCCAGCUCAAAUUAUGGACUUAUAAUUUCUCUACAGCUUCUUCGUGGGGACAUGGAGCAGAUUCGACGGGAGAACCCCAUGAUCUUUAACAGGGGGGUGUCUGUUACCAGAAAACUCGGUUUCCCCGAUGUCAUAAUGCCAGGUGAUAUACGUAAUGACUUGUACCUGACACUAGAGAAGGGGGAUUUUGAGAGAGGCGGGAAGAGUGUUCAGAAGAACAUUGAAGUGACCAUGUAUGUUCUUUAUGCAGAUGGAGAGAUCCUGAAGGACUGUAUCAGUUUGGGCUCAGGAGAGCCAAACAGAAGUGCAUACCACUCUUUUGUCCUCUACCACAGUAACAGCCCUCGUUGGGGGGAAAUUAUCAAGCUACCCAUCCCCAUUGACAGGUUUCGUGGGUCUCACCUUCGCUUUGAGUUCAGGCAUUGCUCCACUAAAGACAAAGGAGAAAAAAAGCUUUUUGGCUUUGCAUUCACUCCUCUGAUGAGGGAUGAUGGCACCACCUUAUCGGAUGAUAUCCAUGAGCUUUAUGUUUAUAAGUGUGAUGAGAACAGCACAUUUAAUAAUCAUGCUCUGUACCUGGGGCUGCCCUGCUGCAAAGAGGACUACAACGGCUGCCCUAACAUCCCUUCUAGCCUCAUUUUCCAGCGUAGUGCCAAAGAGACCUUCUCGAUCUCCACCCAGCUCUCCUCCACCAAACUCACCCAGAACGUGGACUUGCUUGCCCUCUUAAAAUGGAAGGCUUACCCAGACCGUGUAAUGGAUAUCCUAGGAAGACUGAGACAUGUCAAUGGCGAGGAAAUUGUUAAGUUCCUGCAAGAUAUUCUAGACACAUUGUUUGUGAUUUUGGAUGACAAUACAGAAAAGUAUGGCCUGUUGGUCUUCCAAUCAUUGGUGUUCAUCAUAAAUCUGCUUCGUGACAGCAAAUAUUUCCAUUUCCGACCAGUUAUGGAUAUGUACAUUCAGAAACACUUUGCAGGAGCACUGGCUUACAAAGAACUGAUCCGAUGUUUGAAGUGGUACAUGGACCGAUCAGCUGAGCUUGUUCGACAAGAUCAUAUCCAGGAAGCAAUGAGGGCCUUGGAAUAUCUUUUCAAGUUCAUUGUCCAAUCUCGGAUCCUUUACUCAAGAGCUACUUGUGGAAUGGAGGAAGAACAAUUUCGCUCCAGUAUCCAAGAGCUUUUCCAGUCCAUCAGAUUCGUGCUCAGCUUGGACAGCAGGAGCUCAGAGACUCUCAUCUUCACACAGGCUGCUUUACUGAAUUCCUUCCCUGCAAUCUUCGAUGAGCUAUUGCAGAUGUUCACCGUGCAGGAAGUAGCAGAGUUUGUGAGAGGAACUCUAGGAAGCAUGCCCAGUACAGUGCAUAUCGGACAGUCGAUGGAUGUAGUUAAGCUGCAAUCUAUAGCACGCACUGUGGACAGCCGCCUGUUUUCUUUCUCGGAAUCUCGGCGAAUCUUGCUCCCUGUGGUUCUUCAUCACAUUCACCUUCAUCUGAGACAGCAGAAGGAGUUACUCAUCUGCUCUGGGAUCCUCAGUAGUAUCUUCUCCAUUAUCAAGGCCAGCUCCUUGGAGGCAGAUGUAGUGGAGGAGGUUGAGAUGAUGGUGGAGAGCCUCCUGGAUGUACUUUUACAGACUCUGCUUACUAUCAUGAGUAAAUCGCAGUCUCAGGAGGCGGUAAGAGGGCAGCGUUGCCCGCAGUGCACAGCCGAAAUCACUGGAGAGUAUGUGUCCUGUCUCUUGUCUCUGCUUCGUCAGAUGUCAGACACUCAUUUUCAACAUUUAUUGGACAACUUCCAGAGCAAGGAUGAGCUAAAGGAGUUCCUGCUGAAGAUUUUCUGUGUGUUUCGAAACCUGAUGAAGAUGAGUGUCUUUCCUCGGGACUGGAUGGUGAUGAGGUUGCUCACCAGCAAUAUCAUAGUUACGACAGUCCAGUACCUGUCCUCUGCCCUGCACAAGAACUUCACAGAAACAGACUUUGAUUUUAAGGUGUGGAACUCCUAUUUCAGCUUGGCAGUUCUGUUUAUAAACCAGCCAAGCCUGCAGCUAGAAACUGUCACUCCAGCUAAGAGAAAGAAGAUUCUGGACAAAUAUGGUGACAUGCGAGUGAUGAUGGCAUAUGAGUUAUUCAGCAUGUGGCAGAACCUGGGUGAACAUAAAAUUCACUUUAUUCCGGGAAUGAUUGGCCCCUUUCUUGGUGUCACGCUGGUCCCACAGACAGAGGUCCGCAACAUCAUGAUCCCCAUCUUUCAUGACAUGAUGGACUGGGAGCAGAGGAAAAAUGGCAACUUCAAACAGGUGGAAGCUGAAUUGAUUGAUAAGCUGGACAGCUUGGUAUCAGAAGGAAAAGGAGAUGAGAACUACAGGGAGCUCUUCAGUCUACUAACCCAGCUCUUUGGGCCCUACCCCAGCCUGCUGGAGAAGAUUGAACAAGAGACAUGGCGGGAGACUGGCAUCUCUUUUGUUACAUCAGUUACUCGCCUCAUGGAGCGUCUCCUUGACUACAGGGACUGCAUGAAAGGAGAUGAAACAGAAAACAAGAAGAUUGGCUGCACUGUUAACCUGAUGAACUUUUAUAAAUCUGAAAUUAACAAGGAAGAGAUGUAUAUCCGCUACAUCCAUAAGCUGUGUGACAUGCACUUACAGGCUGAGAACUACACUGAGGCUGCAUUUACGUUGCUUCUGUACUGUGAGCUACUUCAGUGGGAGGACAGACCUCUACGAGAGUUCCUGCACUACCCAUCACAGACAGAGUGGCAACGUAAGGAGGGGCUAUGCCGGAAGAUUAUCCACUACUUCAACAAAGGGAAGAACAAGGAGUAUGUAUGUCGCGGCCAUGACUACGAAAGGCUGGAGACCUUCCAACAAAGAAUGCUGAGUGAGUUUCCACAAGCCAUUGCAAUGCAGCACCCAAACCAUCCAGAUGACACCAUUUUGCAAUGUGAUGCUCAGUAUUUACAGAUAUAUGCAGUGACUCCCAUCCCAGACAAUAUUGAUGUGCUACAAAUGGAACGUGUGCCUGAUCGUAUAAAGAGCUUUUAUCGCGUCAACAAUAUCAGAAAAUUCCGCUAUGAUAGGCCUUUCCACAAAGGUCCAAAGGACAAAGAGAAUGAAUUUAAGAGCUUGUGGAUUGAACGUACCACUCUGACACUGACUCACAGUUUACCUGGGAUCUCCCGGUGGUUUGAAGUGGAGAGAAGAGAGCUGGUCGAGGUGAGCCCUUUGGAAAAUGCCAUUCAAGUUGUUGAGAACAAAAACCAGGAGCUGAGGACAUUGAUAAGCCAGUAUCAGCACAAGCAAAUGCAUGGCAACAUUAACCUGCUCAGUAUGUGUCUGAAUGGAGUGAUUGAUGCAGCUGUGAAUGGUGGCAUAGCACGGUACCAGGAGGCCUUUUUUGAUAAAGAUUAUAUCACCAAGCACCCUGGAGAUGCAGAAAAAAUCACACAGCUCAAAGAGCUCAUGCAGGAACAGGUGCAUGUUCUUGGAGUGGGUCUGGCAGUACAUGAGAAAUUUGUACAUCCAGAGAUGCGUCCUCUACAUAAGAAACUGAUUGAUCAGUUCCAAAUGAUGCGAUCUAGUCUGUACCAUGAGUUGCCUGGUUUGGAUAAAUUGAGUCCAGCCUGUUCUGGUAUCAGCACCCCUCGCAGCAGUGUUCUUGUGUCACAUGGCCCGAUGAGUCCAGAGAGCAUCAAGCUGGUGCAUCGACACAGCCCAUUGAACUUGCUGGGUUCAGUCAGACACUCGUCAUCGUCUCUUUCCUCCCAUACUUCCAGUGAAACAGGAAACCUGGUUAUUCUAACAGACAGUUCUGUAGGGGAGACCGCUGAGGACAUGUACCACAUGCAGGCCAGUCCUUCCACUUCAAGCCUGAGCUCUACCCACUCUGCACCAUCCCAGAUGAUUAACUCUGCCCCUCCCAGUGCACGAGAUAAGUACCGCCACACUCGGGAGCUGAUGAUGCUGCUGCCAACCCACCGGGACCGACCAAGCAGUGCCAUGUAUCCUGCAGCUAUCAUGGAAAAUGGACAGCCUCCAAAUUUUCAGCGCGCCUUGAUCCAACAAGUGAUCGGACCAUGCAAACCUUGCAGUGAUCCCAAUCUAUCUGUUGCUGAGAAAGCUGUGCCAGCAGCGCCCAGCAGCUGGAGCCUAGACAGCGGAACCAGAGAGGCCCUGCCAUUCCUGUCUGCCCACGUUGGGAGCAUCUUGGCCCCACCAGUACCUCCCCGAAGCCUACCCCAUGGUCACUACUCACUGCACUUUGAUGCCUUCCACCACCAGCUCAGUGAUGCUCCUCCAGCACUGCCUGCACGGACAUUGCGCAAGUCUCCUCUUCAUCCAAUUCCUGCAUCACCCACAAGUCCCCAGUCUGGCCUGGAUGGAAGUAACUCCACUCUGUCAGGCAGUGCCAGCAGUGGUGUGUCCUCCUUAAGUGAGAGUAACUUUGGACACUCGUCUGAGCCCCCUCCUCGCACAGACACCAUGGAUUCUGUCCCUAGCCAGGCCUGGAAUACUGAUGAAGACUUAGAGACACCCUACCUCCCUGUCAGGUACAGUCUCUCUGAACCUGAUGUUCUGGAGUCACUCAAAUCCCAGCCAUGUCGAAGCCACUCUGCUCCAUCUGGUGUCAUUCCUCAGGACACUAUGGACCCUCCAGCUCUCCCCCCAAAACCAUAUCAUGCUCGGCUCCCGAACAUGGAGAAUGAAGAGGAAAUGAUGCUGAUGAUGGAAGAGGAAGACAAACACCGGCCACUGCAUCGCAAAGUCUCCCAACCAGCUAGUGGUGGAAAGGAGGAGCAGGCCAGGGUAGCAUGGGAACAUGGCAUCAGUGAGCAGUAAGCAGGACUACCUGGAAAGAAGCUUGUGUAGUAAUUCCAGGUCUGAUCAGAAGAAAGACGUAAAAGUUCAGGACUCAGAGGAGAGAACAGAGAUCCAAUUCUUUACUUUCUACUGCCAUGAGUUAAUGUCCAGAGCCCAUACAAAGCGUGGGCUGGCAUGUGAGGUUGCUGCUUUCCUUUUUAUUGCAUUUUAUACUUUUUGGUUUUGUUAUUUUUAAUUAUUAUUUUUUGUGUGCAGUGGGUGCUUUAUUCCUUCUGCAGUUUAUCAGACCACACAAAGUGGCAUGUAAGCUGUUAGCCAUAGAGACUUGCAGAAACUGAAAAGAAUUGGAAUAUUGAAGGGGGGAUGUGGCAAGUUGUUUUAAAAAGCUUUCCUCCUGGUUUUGAGACGCACACAAGUAGAAGCAGUUGCACUAGGGACAUGUUUCUUUGCUGCAUAGAAGUGAAAGCUCAUUGCUGAAUUCAGGGAUUCCAUGAACUGUCAGGCUGGAAGGUGCAUUCUCUGCAGGCAAUGGAAACUUGGCUGUUCUAUGAAGAAACUGUCUUUUCCAGGUGUGUGACCAUAAACAGCAUUAUAGUAGUCUCCUGCAUUGACUCAAUUGUGAUGAAAUGAUCUAACCAGUACUGACAGGCUUCCAUAUUGAUUUCUGAGGUAUCAUUUCAAAUAAACUCUGCCUCCUUUGGUUUUUCAUAGACAUGUACUUUGGUUUUUCAUGUUUUUGUUCCAUAAUUUCAUUUUUUUACUGGGUAAACCAGCCUGCUUUUCCAUUGGAGUCAUAGUCCAUAUCCACCUUUACUGCAGGGUAAGAGUGGGUUAUGUAGCCUUUAGCGCUGCAACCCAAUUCUGAGCCUUUUCCCAUGCCUAACUCUGGGCAAGUGGUUGUAACCAGCACUUUUAUUCCAGUCAAGUAACCAGUUGAAUGGCUCAUUCCACAACUGCUUGAUGACUCAGCAAGUAAGAAGAGAAGGCUUGAAUUCAUCAUAUCCAGUCCUUGCCUCAGGAUUGAAAGUCUGCACAAUCCACACCAACAUCCAUUAACUGUGUUUGUUACUGUAAUAGCUUAUGUGCCCUUCUGAUACAUUUCACUGCUGCUGCUGCGGCUCAAUGCCUCCAUCUCUCCCUUCAGAUAGCUGGAAGAAAUGCCCAGUGUGUAGUGUGCACUCCAGCUUCAGGGAUUUUAAAGAUGAACUGUCAGGGGAAAGGCGGGAGAUGUUUAUUCCCUUUUUUGCUUCUUUAUGGUGUGUAAAGAAGGCUUGAAAAGUUUUUCUUGUUUUAUUGUAAGGGUUUUUUCCCCUCUGUUUUUUACAUUGCACAAAUAUCCAGUCUUGACUUCCCUUUUUUGCUGGCAGACUCUGUGAAGAACUGUAGAAUUUAGUGCAAUUAUGGUAUGACACAAAGCAAGAGAUUGAGACCAGAGCAGCGGAGUGGGGAAGGGAAUGUUAGUCAGGUUGUUUUAAGUUCUAGGUUUUUUGUUUUCUUUGUUUAACACCUGCUUAGUACCUGACAAACGGGAGAAAAACUUUGUUGGUGAAAGAUCCAAUAAAACUGCCAUUUUAUUUGAGGGCUGAGAAAUUUCCCAGUUCUCAAGUCUUUUGAGAAAUCUUCCAGCAAAAAUAGGGAAGAAAAUAUCCAUCUAUGCUGUUUCCAAUAUAUCAUAAACAUUAUAAAGAAGCAAAAAAGGAAACUUUUUUUUCCCUUUGCAAGUCAUCUUUAGCACUACCUCUAUGCAAAGUGACUGGUCAAAUACACCAUUUCCAAAUUCUCCUGAAAAUGAUAAUCUGUAUCAAGUUUGGACUCAGGUGGCCAUUGUAUAGAGCGGGUGUUGAGAUAGUUCAUUUAUUCUUUCUCAAGCUCUAGCCCAUGCAAAAGAAAUAUUGUUCUGAUUUUGUUUCUUAAUUGGCCUGCCUGGCUAGAAAAAGAUCUAUCCCAUUUCCUUUACCUUUCCUAAAGCAGGACACCUGGAAUCAUUGUAUCUGUCACCAUUGAAACACAGGUUUAAAAUCUGGUCCACAAUGGGCAUUUCAUCUCUAGCAUAAAUGCCAAGGCAGGUCUGAAUAGAAGUGAAAAAUGGUGAAGCUCUUAAGAGCCUGUCUCAGGUGGUGUAAAUCAGUGUCACUCCAUUGAAAUGAAUGGAAUAUUCUGAUCUACACCAUCUGAGAAUCUGGCCCAGGAUCUUCAUAUGAAACUUUAUGAGAACAAGACACUUAUUUUCCUUUUUUGGUAGAAGGGUUAAACGUUAUUGUAUCUGGAAAUGUAAGCUCUCCUUUAGAGCAAAAAAUAAGGUGUCUGCGCAUAAAGCUUUGUGAGUAAGUUGGAGUUAACAUUCGAGUUAGCUCUAGUCAGUCCCACUAGCUGGAUGUUUAGACUCACUGCUAACCAGAGUUCUAAGGGAUUCCCUAAGGCAUAUCAUGCUGCGCUGAUUGGAGGGACAGUGUCUGGCAUGGAGAUGCCCAGCUUUGAUGUGUGAUUUUAUUUUAUUUUUUUGGUAAAGGCUUUUUUUAAAAGUUAGAUGAUCAGUUAGCUUAUAUAAACAGAUGUCAGCCAAUUUUACAAUGGGUCCAUAGCCACCAAGUUUCAUGAAGGAGCAAAUUCAAUUAACACAAACAUAUUAGAUUUGAGUCUCCAAGGAGUUAUUCAGAACCAUGGUCACAUUUUUGCAAAAUACUUUGUGUAUUCUUUUUAAAUGCCUAAUUUCAGAGGGCAGUGGGGGGUGGGGUGGGAAGAGAAGGAGGUGGGGGAGAUUCUAUUAUAAUUAAGAUCUGGAUGUGAAACUCAUACUACUCUGUGGGGCAAGUAUGCUUGGCCAAUAGCAGCAUGAAAAUUAAAGCCAAAUUCAGCCCUGGGGUAAGCGGACACAACUGCAUUUUCUGAAUUAGGGCUGAAUUUGGCCACCAGGGUUUGUUGCUGUGCUCUGUGUAACUAUAGUAAAUAGACAUAAUUUACAAGGAACAUGGUCAUUCAAAACUCAUGUACCAAGUUUGAAAUGGAAAAUACUUCUUUUGGGUUCCUGGGCCACCACUUCUCUCCUGAAUGCUUGGGCUAUUAAACUUUCCACCAUUGGUGUUUACACCCUCUGUCUGGAGAAAAAGGAAUGGGCAGAGGCAAUGAUGGAGGCGAAGCAAUGAGAAGAAUUGCAUUAAUCUGCCACAUUAGUUGCUUAUUGGUUGGAAGAAUGUUUUGGUUGUGUUGCUAGGUGCAAGACCACAGGAUUUCCUCUUUUGUUUGUUUUGUUUAACCUUUAUUUCCCACUUUGGGUGGGGAAGGGGUUACUACAUACCCAAGGGGGGAGAAGGGGCAGCCAAAUUGGAAAGGCUGUAGGACAGAAGCAGGAAAAAAGUGUGAUAUUUAAAUUUUCCUUCCAUCAUGCUUUUUUUUGUAUAUAUCCCAUUUGAAUGCUGUGUAUUUGUACAGGAAAUUGAGCAAAAAAUGUAUAGAUCGUGCUGUCUGACUGGUACUCUGCCCUGUAAAUGUGUUUUUAACCUCUGGCAUUCUGUGCUUAUUUAAAAAAGGCAAAAACCUCUAACCACUUCUCUUUUGUGUAUUCAUGUUUAAAAAAAAAUUAAAAAAAGCUCUCUUAACUAUAAUGGAAAGCAAACGUAAAAGAAAAAAAAGAAUUUGAACAAGUGUCCUAAAGGUAUUUCAUUGUAUAUAUUGUGAUAGCAUGUUUCCAGAACCAACAACUAAGUGAUGUGAAUUUUAGAUGUAAAUAUCUGCUGUUUUUUUUUCCUUCCCCAUUCACUCGACUGCUGUGAUGUGGAAUUAAAGAUUAAUACCUGAUAUUAAAA